CCUUUCUGCAGCGAGAGAAGACUCGGGGGCCGGCCGCUGGCCUGAGCAGGACAGCUCCUGCUCCUGGGCAGUCGGCUCUCCAUGGCAGCCUCGUGAGGCUCGCUGGAGUCGGGCGCCUGGGGUUCAGCAGCCCACGUCUCCAGGCUCUUAGGGGAAGGGCUCUGCCUGAGCGGGCCCUCGGCACCCUCUCGCCAGAGCCCACGUUCCUCAGCAUGCCACGAACAGCAACCGAGGUAGCGCCUGGGACAGGCAGUCCUCCUGACCGGCAGCACAUGUGGCCACUGAGCACCCUGGUGCGCCAAGCACAGGGCGGGCCGCUCCUUGUGGAGAGCAGACCCGGGGGAGCCGGGCCCUUCGAGAAGGCAGCCUCGCACUGUGCUUGCCCGGCCCCCCCGGGAUGGCAGACAGCCUCGCCAAAGCACGAAAACACGUUCCUCGCCCUUGAGAGCCGCUGGGGGGAAACCGAGCUGGGGGUCCCCCAGCCAGGGCAGCAUUUGGGGAACGGUGGCGCAGGCUUCUGUGGCUGGCGCGCAUCCUCCUGCGGCACCCUCCUCCUGAGGUCCUCGCCUGGAGCCGAGCGCCGCGACCUGCUGACCAAGAAGGCUUCCUUUGGCAACAGGCCCAGCAGCUCUUUCCAGGACUGCCCAAAGCCUUGGGCCACAAGCCUUGGUUUCCCAGAGAGGACUCCUGUGGUGUCGGGCUGUACCGCUUCAGGCUGGGGGAAUGACAUCAUGGCAUGUUCUCAUAUAGAAAAAUCCCCCCCAAAAAACCUGGCUUAUGGGGAGGUUGGCAAGCCAAGAAUGCUUCUUGCUCUGCUCCCCGCUUUUUAAACGGCCGGGGGCCUUAUGCAGAAGCACGUGAUCCUCGGAGCCAGGCCAGCAGGACAGACCAGGCCUCCUUUCCCGCCUUGGGGUGCUUCCCGACAGACCCUUUUCGGGGCAGUUCAUGGGCUUUUACCAAGGGUGUGGGGGUGGGUUUGCAGACACUCCCCUUUCCCACCUGUAGGUCUCCUGUGUUUUCCUACCGCUUCACUGCCUUUUGCGGGUGGGGGCAAAAGCAAUUUAUUAAGGAAGAAAAGAUGGAAACACUGCGAGCCCGUGGUGUGGUCUGCCCUCCAGAGAGCCAUGUGGUGAUUGUGGCGGCCGAUAAACGCUGAGAUGAGGAAAUAAAUAGAGUAGUGGUGCUGUGCUGGGAGCCUGAGUCACGCUUGGCCUGGAGGCCACCGGUCUCUCGGGAGAGGCGGAGGGGGCUGGUGUGGGGCACACGUGGGCCAUGCAGGAGGCCCCGAGGCAGGGCCGGCCCGGCGGGAGCAGUGCCGGGCUGCCAGCAACCUGCCGGGCUGGCCCUGUGCCUGCUGGCUUCGCCCCACACAUCCAGGCCAGCUCCCGGGCGUCUGGUUCAUGCUGGGAGGCUUCGGGUCGGGGAAGGAGCUGUUUGGGAGAGAGCCGCGCACACCGGCGGCAGUGUCCCUCGAGCCUUCGGGGGGCUGCAAGCGUCUUGCAAGGCUCCUUCCUGGGCUGCGGUCCAGACAAGCCGAGGGGCCCCAGCUCUGCCCCCAGUGCAAGUCGGGGGCAGGAGGCCGGCCCUGGCCGAGCCGGGCUGCCGUGUCUGCGCCAGCCGACUGCCCUCCGCUGCGGCGUGAGCAUGCGUGUUCUUCCUCUGCCCCCGUCUCUGCGGAUGUGUGCUUGAUCCUUGAACUCAGCUGCCACAUACUCAUGGCUAGGGAGUGAAUUCCCUGUUUACGGCUUCAACUUGUCUCCAGUGAUAAACAACUGGCUGCAGUAUAAAUAGUUGUGACCAGGAGCCGUGCAGCAAACAGCGCCGCAGAUGCCGAAGGAACUGGUUGGAGCGGGACGCAAGAUGAGAGCCGUCACAGCAAUGCUCACCUUGGUGUUCCUCACAGGAGCCCAGGCUCGCCACUUCGGGCAACACGACCAGCCCCCGGUGCCAGAGCCUCCUCUGAGCAAAUGGACUAGAAUGGUUGCUGAGGCCGAGACCUUCAUCAAAGACCUGAAAUCGGACCAGCUGCAGGCCGUCCUGGCCGCACUGCACCCGGAGGUCAGGCAGAGCGCGGAAGAGAUGAAGCGGCUGCUCCUGGAGGUGACCGAGGUUUGGAAGGCGAAGCUGGAGGAUGAGGCCCGGAAGGCCCAGGAGCACCUGGAGCCGCUGAGGACCUGGCUGCAGAGCGAGGCCCAGCGGCAUGCGGAUGCCCUGAAGCAGCGCGCCCAGCAGCACCUGAGCAACGCCCACAGCCACCCGGCUCUGCAGGGGCUGCGGCAGUGGCUGGAGGAGCACCAGGCGCUGCCCGGAGAGGUCAAGCAGCAGCUCCGCAACCUGCAGGUGAAGCUCCCCCAAGUCCUGCAGGAGCCUGGCAGGAAGGCUGCCGAGCUGCUGGAUUCAGCCCUGGAUAAGACCUGGGAGCUGCUGAAUGUUUUGCCGCAGCAGAAGCAGCAGCCCUAGAGGAACGGCGCCCCGACCCCGGCGGCCGCCCCUUCCCUCUGCUCAGGGUGCCCCUAGACAAGCACUGCCAGCCCACCCUGAUCUAUUUAUCUCUGGCCUUCGUUAGGCACCGAGCCCUUGGCAGGUCGUGACGGAGGAGGGAGCUGCAGGCCGGGAGCCCCAGACCAGCCUUCUCCCAGCUUCUCGCUGCUUUGUCCAAUAAAGAGCAAUGCAAGGGA